AUGCCUCCGCUCGCAGUUCUGCUCCCGCUGAUAACGCUGCUUAAACCGUCUUCAGCCCAAGGGCCACCAUUGCCACGGAAUUCAAACCUUACAGGCACGAACUUCCUUGACCACGACGCACCGAUCGCAAGCUAUUUUGGAAAGUCUUUUCUGAAAGAGAACAUUCCUUUCAUCGACCUUCCCGACAAGACGAUCGAAGAUGUCUACUACUACAGAUUCACGGCACUCCAACGACAUCUACUUUACGCCACCGCUGGGACAGGAUACGUGAUUACUGAAUUCUACAGCGGUUCUGUAGGUUAUGCAGGUGCAUUCAGUACCAUCAAUGCUGCAGCUGGACAUCAGCUCGAGGAAGCACGUUGGCUCCGAAGUACUUGGUAUUCUGAAGACUUUACCCAGAUAUGGACGCGAGGGCCUGGAUACUCCAAUCAAUACACACAAUGGAUCCAGUACGCUGCUGUAGGUGCUGCGAAUGUGACUGGCAAUACUGCUUUUAUAGAAAGCCAACUGGAUGGCCUGCUGCGAAUGUGGCAUGAAUGGGACGGUGUCUUUGACUCGCCCGUUGGACUUUACUACUACACGCCCGAGUUUGAUGCUCAGGAGCACAGUCUGCCAGGAUAUAUCGCCGAUGCCGCGCUUGGCGGUGGCAAUCCGGAAAAUAUCAUUUAUCAUGGCCCGAAUACAUAUCGUCCAAGUCAUAAUGCCUAUAUGGUCGCCAACGCGGAAGCCAUUGCAACUGUGGCAAAUGCGGUCGGCAAUGUCUCGCUGGCACAGGAGUAUACUCAGAAAGCAGAUGCUUUGAAGCAAUCUAUGAUCUCGCAAUUGUGGAACACAUCGCAAGCCUUUUUUGUCGAUAAUAUUAAAUCGGGCGAGCCUGGUGCAGGACAGGUCGAUGGCAGAGAAGAGGUUGGCUUCUUUCCCUUCCGCUUUGGAAUAGCACUUUCUGAAAAUUACACUAAUUCUACUAUCCGUGCACUUUACGACAAGGAUAUCUUCAACACGACGUAUGCACCGCCGACCCUUGAAGUGCACAACCCAUACUUCAAUGCAACGAUUUCAGGAUGCUGCUGGUGGAAUGGACAAAACUGGCCGUAUUCGACAGCCCACACGAUCCAAUCGCUCGCGGCGAUCUAUCGUGUAGGCGGUCUGACAGCAAAUCAAUAUAUUGACUCGCUGCACAACUUUGCCGUGACUCAGUACAAGGGCGGAAAGCCGUAUGUCGCAGAAUCACAUUAUCCUGAGAAGGACGCUUGGUCUCAAGACUCACCGAAUCAUUCCGAGCAUUACAUGCAUUCGACCUAUGUCAACAACGUCAUCACGGGCGUUAUUGGUAUCGUUCCUCGUGCUGACAACGUUCUUGAGCUUAGUCCAAUCGUUCCCGACGACUGGUCAUAUUUCGCACUAGAGAAUGUGGCAUAUCAUGGCAUGCUUCUGACGAUUUUAUACGACAAGGAAGGAACGAAAUACCAGAAUGGAUCAGGCCUGACUGUCUUUGCGAACAGCAGGAAGAUCUACAAUGGGCCAGAUCUGAAAGCAAACAUCCCACUCCCGGACAGCAGCGCAGAUGUAGAUGACUCUCCAAUUGAUGUCAACAUCGCCGCGAAUCCACUCGGCAACGACGGUUGGCCGAAAGCCUCCGCGACAUUCACAUGGCAGUACGACGACGUCAACCAAGCCAACGACGGCGCUCUAUACUACGACGAGGUCCCAACAAAUCGAUGGUCGAACUAUCAAGAAACUCCCAAUCCAAGCGACACUCUCACCAUCGCCCUACAGCGACCACGCAAUGUCACAGGCGUUGUCCUCGCCAUCUUCGACGAC